UCUUUUCCAUACAAUUUGUCGCCGUCCGUGAGAAUUAUAACAAGAUUUGCAUUUCAAAGUGUAGACGUAAAUACCUGACUUGCCCAAGAGUGUGUGUACUUCUGGCAUGCAGUUCAAAGUGUAGACGUAAGCACGUGACUUGCUCAAGAGUUUGUACUGCUGGCACGUGGUUUAACCAGUCGGGUCAGUUCAUAUACCUUGUUGAAAAUUAAUAUUUUAGAUCCAAAAUAUAGGUAUACUCGAGGAAAUUGCCUGUGUAUAUUCUCGGACAACAACAACAACAACAACUACUGCCUACUUGUUUUGGACGACCAUUUACUCGUUCGUGCCAGUUUUCAUGUAAAUACGUAUAGACAAUCGUGAGGGUCGUCCAUUUAUCGCUCCUGUUAUGAAAACUUAAACUGUAAAGGUCUUCCAUCAAGAGUGUAUUGAGAAACGAAAUGGAGGUGAACGACCUCACGACUGGAUUGCGGUUGCUAAUGGAUGGACUACUUUGUUUACUGGUACCCCUAUUCUCUCACCUUCUAACAAUCUUGCUGACCUUGAUAUUAGGUUAUAUAACGUACUGGAGUAUACACCGUUUAGAGAGGGCACGGGACAUGACGGAAGUUGGGUUUGGUUAUCUCCAAGGUAAAAAAUCCUCUCGUCGACAUUGUUUUUCCGGAUUAGUGAAAGAUGUAGUUAGUAACCGGAAGCCUGGGGAAACACCCCCUGUAUUCCCGAACGGCUGGUUUCCUCUUAUAGAAUCACGUGAUCUUCGAGUUGGGAAAAGUCUUCCCGUGACUGCAUUGGGAAAAGAAUUUGCAGUAUUUCGAGGACACGACGGUCAGGCCUACAUUCUUGAUGCACAUUGUCCUCACCUGGGGGCACACUUAGGUGUCGGGGGUCGUGUCUAUGGAAACUGCCUGGAAUGUCCCUUUCACGGCUGGAGGUUUAAAGGAGAAAAUGGUGCCAUUGAAAGGAUCCCUUACGUUGAAAAAGUUCCUGAUUUUAUCAAAACCAAGUCUUGGCCUGUCUGUGAGAAAAAUGGCUUUUUAUAUAUAUGGUUCCACGCAGAAGGUGAACCUCCACUUUGGUAUCCACCCGAUAUACCAGAGGUAACCGAAGGGUUAUGGAGCUAUCGGGGUCGUACACAACAUACAGUGAACUGUCAUAUCCAGGAAAUUCCCGAAAAUGGAGCUGAUGCUGCACAUCUCGGACAUCUACACUACGAUUCAGUUUUUUCAGGCUCCGACCUACGUUUUACCAACAAUCGUUUUUGGGAGUUCUGUAAACACGAUUGGAAACCACAGUGGGAACCUGACCCUGCACCCAACAAUCACAUGGCUUCUAUUUCUCUCACCCAUGUUACCAGAGUCUUUGGCCAUGCCUUGCCUUUUUCUGAGUUAAACCUAAAUAUUAAACAGAUUGGACCGGCCAUCGUGCAUCUAGUUUUUAAGAGCAAGUUUGGGUCAGGAGUCUUUGUCCAAGGUAUCACGCCAGAGGGCCCUUUAAAGCAGCGAUUGGUCCAUCAGCUUUACGCUCCUUCAUCGUUUCCUCAGGUUAUUGCAAAUCUUUUGCUUCUUAGCGAAGCCUGCAUGUUGGAAAGAGAUAUCAUGAUUUGGAAUAAUAAAAAGUAUAUCAAAAACCCCAUUCUUGUGAAGGAGGACAAGCUAAUAUCCAGACACAGACGUUGGUAUUGGCAGUUCUACUCAGAAAACAGCCCAACUUUACAGCAAGUGAGAGAAACUUCAUUAGACUGGUAGAUUUCCCGAUUUAUCUUCGUUUCGUUUCAUCAAAAAUUAACAAGAAAGGGUGGAUAGAAAACUCCUCUGCUUUGAUUACAAGGAUUAUCAAUAGACGUGCAUAGAUACAUUUGUUUGUCACCAAAUUUAAACAUUUUGUCUCUGUUAUUACGUUUUGAUUUCUUCAUAAAUAAGAGACAUUUUGUCAUAUGAUUGAGUUGUCUGUUAUAAGUUUGAAUGUAUCAAUAAAAUCUUUAUUUUUUAGAUGUGACAAA